UGCAAUUUCAACCUUCACCAACGCAGCCAUGGGUACCGGAAAGAAGGAAAAGAAUCGCAAGAUUCGGGAGGGGAAGGUCGGAGAUGGUAUGGCCAAUGUCAAAGUCAAGGGGGAGAACUUCUACAGAAGCGCCAAAAAGGUCAAGGCUUUGAACGUCCUGACAAAAGGCACUGCGCAGCACAAUGCCAGGGGGAUCGAGACCAAAGCUGCAGCUUUCCAGUCCAAACAAGUUCCUCAAGCACGCGUUGAACCGAACAGAAAAUGGUUUUCGAACAGCCGAGUAAUUUCCCAAGAUGCCCUCACGAACUUCAGAGAAGCCAUAGCUGAGCGAGCUUCAGACCCAUACAGUGUACUUCUGAAGAGCAACAAAUUACCAAUGACUUUGAUUCGAGAUGGGCAAGGGAAGAAUGGAAUAAAGGAACACCAGGCCAAGAUGACUGUGGAGGCCACACCGUUCGCAGACACUUUUGGACCCAAGGCACAAAGAAAACGAGUAAAGAUUGGAGUCAGCUCGUUGGAAGAUAUGGCAGACCACAGUGUCAAGAGCCACGAUACAUAUCUCGACCGCCUGGAACAAGCAAAAUUACUGAGCGGAAACUCUGGAGCUGAAGCUGAAGCGAUUGGAGAGGCGGGAAUACCCGAUGAUGGACAUAUCACCAGUGCUAGAGAGGCAAUCUUCAAUAAGGGACAAAGCAAGCGAAUAUGGAACGAGCUAUACAAGGUCAUCGACUCCUCGGAUGUUGUUAUUCACGUCCUGGAUGCCCGAGAUCCCCUCGGAACACGAUGUCGAAGUGUCGAAAAAUACAUUCGAGAGGAAGCACCACACAAGCACUUAAUUUUCGUACUGAAUAAGUGCGAUUUGGUGCCUACAGGUGUUGCUGCCUCGUGGGUCAGAUAUCUCUCAAAAGACUAUCCAACACUUGCAUUUCACGCGUCUAUCACAAACUCAUUCGGCAAAGGUUCUCUUAUCCAACUGCUACGACAAUUCUCCUCCCUCCACUCCGACCGCAAACAAAUUUCUGUUGGGUUCAUCGGCUACCCCAACACAGGAAAAUCCUCUAUCAUAAAUACACUCCGGAAAAAGAAGGUCUGCACCGUCGCGCCAAUACCAGGAGAAACCAAGAUUUGGCAAUACAUUACGCUCAUGAAGCGAAUUUACCUUAUCGACUGUCCAGGAGUCGUUCCUCCCAGCAACACAGACACACCACAAGAUAUCUUAUUACGAGGUGUUGUCCGAGUCGAAAAUGUUGAGAACCCAGAACAAUAUAUCCCAGCCGUGCUCAACAAAACCAAGCCACAGCACAUUGAGAGAACAUAUCAAAUUAAAGGUUACAACGAUCACAUAGAAUUCUUGGAGAAGCUGGCGAGAAAAGGAGGAAGACUUCUUCAUGGCGGGGAACCAGAUGUUGAUGGUGUGGCUAAGAUGGUUUUAAAUGAUUUCUUGAGAGGCAAGAUUCCGUGGUUCACGCCUCCGCCAAUUAUUGAGGGUGCUGAGGAGAAGGGCGUCAAGGGUCGGCAGGGUAGAUUAGGAGAGAUGGGAAAGAAGAGGAAGCGAGAUGAUGAAUCGGUAGCGGAUACUUCAGUCGCGGAUCGUGCAUCAACAACACAAGGUGAAGUCGAAGCAGCAAAUGAUGAUGAAGAAUUUGCAGGCUUCGAUAGCGAUGGUGGUGUUGAGUUGGACGAUAUUACCGGUGACGUUGAUGAUGCUUUCGGCCUUGACUCGGACGAAGAGGGCAGUGAAGUUGGCUCGGAUGAUGGAGAGGAGGAAGGUGGUGCGGAAGAUGAGGCAGAUGAUGCGGCUGAAGAACAGCUGCAAGAUGAGCUUGAGGACGAUGUGGAGAUCUCGAAGCAAGAAGACGGGAGACUGACCAAGAAGAAACGUCAAAAGACUUAGAGCAUAACAAAAAGACCACAUUUGCCCAUUUCUUCCGUCUAUCUACUGCUUGUGCCAGCUAUAUCUGCCAAACCUGCUCCGAGUUUUACUAUAAGAACCUCCCGCCAAGUGGUCAGUGUGAAAAGGGCUGGUGUGCGAGCAUGACUAAGCACCGCUUUCCUCACUUGGUGCACUGCCCCUUCGGGUUUAGUUACAAGCUAUCAAUUCCGACCUCGCCUAAAC